UGGCACAACUACAUGCACCGAUCCUGAAAGGGAUAGCUUCCACCCCUCCUUCAAUAGUAUUUGCCAUUCUCAUUUCAUAGACAACCUUACAACAUUUUUUUUUUCUUUCUGUAUUUGACAUCUCUUACUAAUUCAGAUUCAGGUCGAAUAUAUGACAGACUCUUCUUUGGCGUUGCCAUUUGGUAAACAGUGUAGCUUUCCAGCCGUUUGGACUACUCAGGUUCUGUGCAGUUUGAUGGUCUUAUAAGCGGAAGCAGUAGCACUGGCCUGUAAUUGGGCAUGGAAACCAUCAGAAAUUGGGCAGAUUUAGGGAUUGUGGAUACUAUUUAUGAAGACGAUGCCGAAGAUUCCUCUACUACUUCUCUUUCGAUCUCUCCAAGAAUCUCUCCAUCUCCUUCACCUCCUCGCUCUAAGAUCGUCUCCUGGUCGCAAGUUACUGGAAAUGAGACUGAUGUAGUCAUACAUGUUGAGAGCUCACGUUUUCGCUUACACAAGGAUCCGUUGGCAGCAAGGAGUGGAUUUCUGAAAAGAAAGCUGAAGGGUCUGUCUGAAUUAACCCUCUCUCCGCCGUUAAAGAUAACGGCCGAAACAUUCUCUUUGAUCGCAGAGUUUUGUUAUGACUCGCACAUCGUCGUUACGCCGUUUAACGUCGCCGCACUAAAUACGGCGGCGGAAUUGCUAGAGAUGACGGAGGCUAAUAACAUUGCUGGUGGCGAAAACUUGGCUCAGAAAACGGAAGCAUAUUUCCGCCGUGUAAUUGCCGUUAAUCGUGAAUAUGCAUCGAUCGUGCUGCGUUCUUGUGUUUCUCUGCUCCCGGAGUGUGAAACAACAUCGUCACUGUUGAGUAGAUGUGUUGAAGCAUUAAGUUUGGUAGACAAUGGUGACAGCAUUAUGAAGUGCCUCAGCGAAGUUAAAGAGUUGCUGCCAGUGGAAUUUCAGUUAAUCGUGAAGUCCAUGAAUCGGUGGUUGAGCGGAAGCCAUGAUCAGCUCUAUAGAGUUGUUGACCUUUAUCUUAAGGAAUACAAGGGGAAGAUAACAGAUGAAGAAAAAGUCAUAAUGUGCAAUUACAUCGAUUGUAGCAUCCUUUCGCCACAACUUCUCAUGCAUGCGGUCCAAAACGCCAGAAUGCCAUUAAGGUUUGUGGUCCAAGCCAUGUUCAUUGAGCAAUUGAGCACCCGCCGCUCUAUCCUCACGACCACUGCUGCUGACAACCACAUUGAUGUUCUCCACAGCAAAAACGAUGUUAGUUUGGGAGCAAUUCUCGAACGAGACGCAGCACUUCGUCAAGUUUCACAGCUUAAGGCAGCUAUGAACGCCACAAGCUCGCGAAUCCAGAGUUUAGAGCAAGAGUUGAGUGGCAUGAAAAAGCUUCUAAACGAAUCAGAUCAAAACGCGAAGAAUGACUUGUCGCAUAACUCAGCUCGCUCUGCUAGUUUUCGAUUGAGUUGUGAGAAUAAGAUCGAUAGAGGGCAGAUUGGAUCAGUUUCAUCAGCAAGCUUUCGGAUACUUACAGCUAGAGAUAGAGCGGUAAUGGGAUCGUCUAAUUCAUCAGAAGUAUCUUACGAGGAAAAUACAAAAGUGGAAAAGAUGAAUUUUAGUCGAAGGUUUAUGAAUGGAUUGAAGAACGCAUUCCGAGUACCAAAGAAGAAAACAGAGACAAAGGUGGAAAAUGUAAAAGAGGCCGAAAAUGGUAAACAACAACAAGGAGAAGUUGUGGUGAUAAAGAAGGAUGUGCCUUUUCGCAGGCAGCCUCGUUCUCUAGAUUAAAAAAUGAAGUACUUCGUUUGCACAAUCUUCCUUUUUAGAUUUGUGUGUUACUUCAGCUUUUGUUGAAUUUGUCUUCUCUUAUUAUUAGUUUAUGACAAGAUAACGUUUCUCAAAAUUGAUCUGGGGACUCAUAUAGGAUUUAAAUUGUGUUACUAGUUGCUUGAUUGUAUUGUAUUCCAAAUUGUUCUCGUUUUCGAUUAUUAGAUAAAAAAUUUGACUAAUA